CGGGACGGGCACGGAUACCGACACACAGCGGCACCGGGACACGGCACCGGGACACACACACACACCGCACCGGCACUAGCUCAGCGCCUGCCGCCGCCCGGGACACGCAGGGCCGGCCUUUGCACUGAAGCCAAGUGAAGCACCUCUCAACUGCACUGCACACUGCUCAGCUGGGAUUCCUGUGGCAGCCAAACCUCCCUGUCACUGACACCCCGAGAGCUCUUUCUCCCCUCCCUGCCCAUCUCUCCUGUCUGUGCCUGGGAGCUGGUGCUCAGCAGUAGCUCUGUCUCCCUGCCCAUCCUGCUGGACUGCUCCCCACCAUGUUUCAGCGUCUCACCAGCCUCUUCUUCAGUGACAGCAGCACGCCAGAGGGCCUGGAGGAGCCCAAACCCUUUGUGGAGGAAGAAGAGGAGGAGGAUGGCUGGCUCAUAAUUGAUCUUGCAGGCAGCCGCGCCCGCCCCGGCCCCGCUCGCCGCGCUCCCGCCGGCGGCCCCGGGCGCUCGGCGCGGCCCCGCCCGGCGCCCCCCGGCCCGGCUGCUGCCCCGGCCCCGGCCGCUCCCUGCUUGAUGGACGAGAGUUGGUUUGUCACCCCUCCCCCCUGUUUUACUGCAGAGGAGCCCGGCCCCGACGGCGUGGGGAGCAGCCCCAUGGAGGACCUGCUCAUCGAGCACCCCAGCAUGUCGGUGUACGUGACCAGCACCCUCGAGGUGGACGGGGAGGGCCCCGAGGACGAAGCCGCAGAGGACGCUCCGGAGGCGCGGCCGGAGCCGCCGGUGCCGCAGCGCGGGCGGGCGCUGCCGGUGAAGGCGGCGGCGCUGGACAAGGCGGGGCAGGCGCAGCGGGCGCAGCGGGCCCGGCAGCUGGCGGAGCGGCACCGCCUGGCCCAGAAGGCGCUGCAGCGGCAGAACCGGGCCCGGCAGCGCCCGCCCCGCCGCGCCAAGCAGCUCCCGGGGGCCUUCGUCCACCAGCCCUGCCAGCGCCACUGCAACUACUGA